AUUAGAAGUUCGCGCCAUUCCUUUCUACUUCCCCUAUUGCUAGCUAACUCGAUGUAAGAGAAAGGAGUACGUUAUUCAGCUACAUUUUGACUGCAACAUAUUUGCGGUACUUCCAUCAGCUGGCCUGGGGGGACGUGGCUGGGGACUGGGAAGUCUGGGCUUCCCUCUGAAACUGCUGCCCCCACGACCGGGACUUGGAGGAGAAUGGAAUAGAAUGGAAACAAACUCUGCUUUCUUAUGGCAAUUUGCUUCUGUCUCCAAAAACAAGUUUCUCCAAUGAAUAAACCACCAUGCACCUUCUCAGGUGGUACUGCACCAAGUGGGGGCCAAUGGACUCCAUACAGUGAUUAGCAUGAAGGCCACACAGUCAAGAGAUGGAGAAGACCUGGGUUGGAAUCUCCGCUUGGACUCCGCUCUCCCUGUGAAGAUUGCAUAUUCUCCCCAUUUUGUCAUAAUGGAGCCCAGCAGUCCAAAGAAGAUCCAGUUUGCUGUGCCGCCGCUAAAUAGCCACUUGGACCCUCAAGCCUCAGAGCAAAUCCGUCGGCGACGACCCACUCCUGCAACGCUGCAAAUCUACACACAACCCGGUACAGAAGUUGGAGAUCAGCACGACGCCGGCGGAGGCGCUCAGACAUCACAUGGCGCUCAGAGAAAGCAGAGCAACCUGGCCCCGCCCACCUUGAAAGAGCUUCAGCUCGAGGCGGAGCAACACCCCGGUUCUUCCCUGUGGACCAAUGGGAACAGGCCGGAGGAAGCCAAUGGGAACGAGGCUGCGCUUCUUUUAGCCAAUCAGGAGAGAGGAGCGGCAGCAAGCAACAGCUCCGAUGUGUCAUGUGACUCCCAAAAUGAGGCGUCCAGUCCUGACUCUGUUUCUCGAUAGCCACCACCACUCUCCUGUUCCCGCCCCCCGCUUGGCACUCGCAUUUCAUCUCAAGCUGCAAGUCUGACCUUUGAACCCACAUUUGUCAAUCAACACCACACAUGAAAAUCUGCCACUUGAAUUAUGAUCAUCGCACAGGCGUGCCCUAAACUGGCCACAACAAAAGGCCACUCCGAAAUGUGCAGUUGACGUGUAUGGUAGCUAGCAAAGCCAUGUGAAUAUUUCAUCGCUGCUUUCUUUCAAAAUAAAAACGAACGAGUGGUUAGUGCCCGGGCCACACAGCUUAGGAGACCCAAGUUCAAUUCCACCUUCGGCCAUCUCUGUGUGGAGUUUGCAUGUUCUCUCCAUGCAUGCGUGGGAUUUCUCCGGUUUCCUCCCACAUUCCAAAAACAUGCUAGGUUAAUUGGCGACUCCAAAUUGUCCAUAGGUAUGAAUGUGAGUGUGAAUG